AUGGCGUUUGGUUUUACGUGUGAAACUAUCGUUCCUAUUGAUAUUUACGGUGUUGUCGAUACGUCCGAUCAGUCAUGGAUGCUUUACACUGGUGCUUUGAUUCCGCAGGCUGUCAAGAUCGCUAUCGAUGCUGGCUAUCGCCAUAUUGAUACUGCCAUGAUGUACCAAAUAUUCGCAUCUCAUGCAGCUGUUCGCAAUCUCUAUGUUGACGCCCGUCGUGCUCUUCCACCGAGGGCUAAUUAUGCAACUCGUGUGGCCUCCGCUGUAAAAAGACAUGAGCCCGUCGCAUCAAUGCUGCGUGCGGAAAUAUCUAGAAAACACAACAUUGAGCCUUUCAACUUCGUGCAUGCCCGGGUUAUUGCCCUCGAAAAUGUCGUUUUUCCCAGGUUCGUCACUCCCGCUCAAAUUGGAGACAAAUUAGAGAUUAUCAAGCUCGAUGGCGAGGACGUCGAAGAGCUCAACCAAAUCUCCACGGAGGACGAUUUCUAA